AUGUGGAGACUGAAGCUUUCAGAAGGGGAAGAAGAUGAUCCAUUAUUGCUGAAAUCAUACAACAACCAUGUCGGAAGGCAGUUCUGGGAAUUCGUUCCAGACCUCGCCGGCGACAGGGCUAAAGUUGUUGAGGCUCGACGUCAGUUCACUCAGAACCGCCGCCGUUUAGGAGCCAAACAGAGCUCCGACCUUCUCAUGCGACUCCAGUUCGCAAGGGAGAAUGGAAUCUGCUGCAGGGAAAUCGAUGAUGAAGGGAGAGGAGUAGUGACGAAAGUAAAGAGUGAAGAAGAAGAAGAAGAAGAAGAAGAAGAAGAAGAAGAAGAAGAAGAAGAAGAAGAAGAAGAAGAAGAAGAAGAAGAAGAAGAAGAAGAAGAAGAAGAAGAAGAAGAAGAAGAAGAAGAAGAAGAAGAAGAAGAAGAAGAAGAAGAAGAAGAAGAAGAGAUAUUGGAUGAAGGAAGAGUGAGGAGCGUGGUGAGAAAGGGGUUACAGUUCCACUCAACUCUGCAACACAGCUCGGGCUUCUGGCCUGGCGACUAUGGCGGUCCUCUGUUCCUGCUUCCCGGCUUGGUAAUUAGCUUGUAUGUGACGUCGGGUGGCUUGUCUUCGGUGUUAGCUCAUGACCAGGAACAUGGAAUCGAGCUGCGUCGGUACUUGUUUAAUCACCAGAACGAGGAUGGAGGGUGGGGAUUGCAUAUAGAAGGGAGCAGCGUAAUGUUCUGCACCGUGCUAUCGUACGUGGCGCUCAGAUUGAUGGGCGAAGAAAUGGACGGAGGAGAUGGAGCGAUGGAGAAAGCGCGAGCAUGGAUCCUCGAUCACGGCGGUGCCGUUUACAUCCCGUCUUGGGGCAAGCUCUGGCUUUCGGUUCUUGGAGUUUACGAAUGGACUGGGGUUAAUCCACUGCCCCCAGAGCUUUGGGUUUUUCCUUAUACUCUGCCAAUACAUCCAGGAAGAAUGUGGUGUCAUUCUCGGAUGGUGUAUCUGCCAAUGUCGUAUUUGUACGGGAAAAGAUUCGUGGGAACAGUGAAUCCUCUGGUAGUAAGCCUUCGAGAAGAGUUGUAUGUGCUUCCAUAUCGCAACAUUAAUUGGAAUCUCACUAGAAAUCUUUGUGCCAAGGGCCACAACGGUUCUCAAAUGUGGGAUGUGUCGUUUGCUGUCCAAUCAAUUCUUGCAACCAAUCUCUGGGAAGAGGAUUUUUGUGCUUCGAUGCUCAAGAAGGCACACGACUUCAUCAAAAGAACACAGAUUAGAGAGGACUGCUGGGGUGAUCCUAAGCAAUGGUAUCGCCAUGGCUCGAAAGGAGGAUGGCCAUUCUCCACCCUAGAUAAUGGUUGGGCUGCCGUAGAUACUUCUGCAGAAGGCUUAAAGACUGCAGUAUUGCUAUCUCAGAUGCCAGUGGGAACCGUAGGAGAUCCAAUUCCAGUUAGCCGAUUGUUCGAUUGUGGUAAUUUCAUCCUAUCCUUGCAGAAUGAAAAUGGAGGGUUUGCUUCCUACGAGCUUACAAGAUCUUACCAAUGGUUUGAGGCCCUCAAUCCUUCCGAAAUGUUUGGGGACAUUAUGAUAGAUUAUCAGUACGUGGAAUGCACUUCAUCGGCAAUGCAAGGACUGAAAGCGCUAUCGAAAGUAUAUCCGGACCACAGAAAGAAAGAAAUCCAAACAUGUGCCCGUAAAGCGCUCCACUUCAUUCAGACCAUACAACUCUCCGACGGCUCCUGGUAUGGUUCAUGGGGAGUUUGCUUCACAUACGGGACAUGGUUUGGGAUAACUGGGCUAGUGGCUGGAGGGUUGACCUACCAGAGUUGCCCCUCCAUCAAGAAAGCCUGCGAUUUCUUGCUAUCCAAGCAACUCCCCUCUGGAGGCUGGGGAGAGAGCUACCUUUCUUCUCAGACUAAGGUUUACACAAACUUGGAAGGUGGGAAAUCACAUCUAGUGAACACUUCAUGGGCCAUGUUGGGCCUCAUUGAAGCUGGACAGGCCCAACGAGAUCCAAGCCCACUACAUCGAGCUGCAAAGUUCUUGAUUGAUUCAGCUAUGGAGAAUGGAGACUUCCCACAGCAG